CGAGACUUGUACUUGGAUAUUCUCCUUGACUUGGAGAAACCCUCCGAUGUAUCCCAGUGCCAGUCUUGUCAGAUUGGUGAAGGGAAAUUCCGCUGUUUGACUUGCAGUGGAGAUCAGACAUUCUGUCGUUCUUGCAUUGUCAAUGCUCACCAGUUUUUGCCCUUCCACAAGGUUCAAGAGUGGACUGGGAAAUGCUUCAACGACACAUCACUUGAAGAAUUGGGUUUUAUCUGGUAUAUGGGCCAUGGGGGACAACCAUGUCCAUUUUCUGACGACAUGCAUGCAUGGGAGAAUAUUCCGAUGGACGCAGAGGCCGAUUUUUCACCAAUGGAGACAGUUCAUGGUUCAACUAUACCAACCAAGUUGACCAUUGUACAUUCCACUGGAGUGUUUUUGCACAACAUUGUCUGGUGCAGCUGUCCUGGGGUCGAUUGUCAGCAGCAUUUGCAAUUGCUGAAAGCUAAAUUAUUUCCAGCCAGUAUCACUCGACCACAGACUGCCUUUACUUUUGAUGUCCUCAAUCAUUUUCUAAUUGACGCACUGGAGUGCAAGACUUCAGCAUCCAGCUUCUUUGAAAAAAUCCGUCGAAUGACCAAUAACUGUUUCCCAGAUACUGUUCCUAAUCGAUAUCGAGAACUUAUGAGAGUGUCUCGACUGUGGAGAGACUUGAUGAGUCGAAAAUGGUUUGGCUUUGCCCAUAAUGAUGAGCAGAAACUGGACAAGGGUGAUCUGGCUUGGUUUUGCCCUGCUUGUCCACAGCCUGGGAUUAACCUACCUCCUGACUGGCAAGCCAGAUAUGAAAGGCAACCAGAGAGUUGUUGGCUUGUUUCACAAAGAUAUGUGGUAGACGGGAACUUCACUGCUCAACAUAUGGUAAUGAGAAAACCACAGUUGGACAUUAGUUUGUCAGACGGGCUUGGGUAUAUGGUGAAAGAUCAAGAAUACCAGACUCAUCUGUCAUCGGCUGUAGAAAGUAAAGAGCGGUCUUCUUGCAGCAAUCAUCGUGCAGUAAAUGCAGCCAAUAUCAGCAGGAGCAAUCUUCGAGCUACAGGUGUAGAAGCAACUGCUUGUGCUCGACAUGGAUGCUUUGUUCCUCAUAGUAUAGUUGAUUUUCAGAAGGGCGAAAGACACAUGAAUAUUGACUACUCAAUAUGCAAUGCAUUGAAUUAUCAUUCAGCUGGUAUAGACUCUUUCCUCAUCAUUUAUGAUGUGGGGUGUCAGUGGAGCAUUAAUUUUCUACAGAGAGUAGCCCAGAGCAAGGGCUUGUCUGUACCUGAAGAUAUGCACAUCGUUCCAGCAGGGCUGGACAUGUUGAUGGGGAGAUUUUGGAGACUCUGUGGGCACCAUUCAAUAAGAUCUCCCCAACUGCUCGUGAAGACUCUCUUGAAAAAGUACAAACGAGCUCUCAAAGGUGUUGAUGACACAAAGUCUCCCUUUGACGAGCUCACUCUGUCUCUGGACCCUGAGAAGAUUUCGAUAUGGAAGAUCGAUGAGAAAAAGGCCAUGGAACAACGUGGAGAGUAUCUUGACAUCUAUCAGUUGCAGAUGAACAAAGCUCCAACUAUGGCAGAGAUUAGACUCAAAUUAACUGAGUCUGAGAAUACUGACACUAGCAAACCUGGGACAGUCUCUUGGCUCAUUACUGGCAUCAAUCUGGAGGAUUUACAGGAUGGACUAAGGGCAGAUAUUCGACAACUUCCUACUGAUGCAACCCCAGGACAGAAAGUUUCUAUAGAAGAGAAGCGACAGAGAUUGACAGCUAGGAUAGCUAAAUUUCAUGAAACAGCCGAUGCCAUGACUGCUGGUAUGGAUCUUGGAACUGCAACAGUGCAUUCCGACGAUCCUAGAUUCUGCUAUGCAGGUCAUGAUGAAAAUGGUUGGGGAGAGGUCUCAGAUGAAGAGAUCUCAGAGUAUAUUGACGAAGAAAUUUUGGCUGAAGAGAUGGGUAUCUGGAUGCCAUCAUCAGUGCCCUACCAGGAUGCAUUGGCUCUCGGACUGGGUCCCCUCCAAGCUGAAGAAUUAGAACUUCGAAAGGGCCAAGCCAAUGACUGCCUCGAAAAGCUUCGAAUGGCCCUUGGUCAUAAGGCCAUCAUCUAUCGUCAGUAUUUUCGAAGUGCUAAUUCUACAUGGGCUGGGACUAGGUCAAAGCAAGAAGCUCAACGCUGUCAGCUCAAAAUUGACAAGUGUAUAAGAAGCUAUCAGAGGGCAAGGUCAGCAAUGGAAGGUCUAGGCAUGGACAAAGCCACCUUGGGGAGUCUUUAUCAGCCAAUAUCGCCUACAGAGCUCAGUAUAGACAAAGAGGUGACAGAAGAAAAUAGAUUUGGACAAGGGUCAGACAGGCUGGCUUGGUUUUGGAGGGGAAAUAAUGCAAGCCAAGGUCAAGACGAUGCCUGGAUAGAUGAAUUCUACAGGGUGAACUGGUUGAAGGCUAAGGCUAGAUGGAAUAGAUGGCAAGAGGAAUUAAGGCUGGUAAGACAUGAAAUGAGUUGGACCAUAAACUGGUUCAAGUACCACCAGAAUGAAUGGGAGAGAAGGGAUGGCCAAGCUACCAGACCUGGUCAUCAAGCCUAUGCUUAUCAGCAGGUCUUGAUGUGGGGAAGAUUUGUUGAGGAGGCAGAGAAAAAUUUCAAUGGAUGUCAAUUUAUACUUUGA